CUGUCUACGUCAGAGCCGCCACUUAAGAUUUGCCGGACUUUAGCUAGUAUCGGAAUAAUGGAUUUAUAUCGGUUAUCGGUUAUCGCUUAUAUUUGUGUCUGCAGUUAACGAAUAUCGGUUAUCACCGAUAAGGUUUUCCAUUAUCAGUUAUCGGGUAUCGGGAAUAAGGUUAAUUUUCUGUUAUCGUGCCCAUCUAUGGUCGUCACUACCGUCAGCAUUAAUACUUGCUGCGGCAGAGGCACUGGAAACAAUCUUAUGAGCGUUGGUCUUACUAUUGGAGCUCCCGCCCCCCGGCCUCCUCGACCACCACGUCCUCGGGCCAUAUGUUCCCACUGGACGGACGUCCUUGGUGCAGUACGAGACGAAUAACAAGUCCCCACGUUGUAUCGUACAAACAACCCUUUGAGCAGAACCAGCAGCCGGAAAUGAUAGAAAAAAAAUAUUACUGAUACUGAACAAGCAAACGCAAACUGUAACGGAAACGAGACAGGAAUGUCACGGGAUUGUGCUCCCGCUGCAAGGGCGCCAACCCACGUACAUCAUCGUCAUCAUCUGCAGGGAAGGUAAACACAGCACGGGGCGCCGCUCUGCAACACGGAAGCUGAGGAUCACCAGCGGCUGUCAGGCGGCAGGGAGAGUAGUGCAGUAUGCUUAGUGUAGAGGAGAGUAGUGCCAGAGGAAGAAGUGAUUGGCGAUGACAUUUACCGUCUGGCGAGGGAGCAGCCGUGGGUGGUGGCAGCAACUCAUCGAGCGGCGUGGAGGAGGGAGCCGCCAGGGUGGACCACGCCUACAGCCUGCACGUCACCGCCCGCCAUGCACUAAGGGCUGUGGGCGUGCAUGACCGCCAACCAAAGACUCAGCCCAGAGGAAGAGCCAGGCCAGCACCACCACAGGGACAGAGAACGAUGAGGAGAGUGUUCCAACGCUGCUCCAACUCAAGGUUCAUAGGCCACACGCUGAGCCCUGCCAAGAUGUCCUGCCAGGUGGUCGGCCUCCACCCCUACACCUCCCACUGGUUCCUCCUGCUGCCCCACUACAAGGAUGUGCCAAGUAUGCCCUCCAGCCUGCAGUCCUUGGAUGAUGGAGUGAGGUGUGGGUGCAGUAAGGUGACAGGUUACUGGUGCGUGCCUAGUACCGCCAGUAAAACGAGGAUCAAGCCUCCACCUCACCCAUCAAACCCUCCACACUCUGACCUGUGUGUUGGCCCGCCAUGUGUACGCCCUCGGCCUCAGCAGUCUGCCGCUGGAGCGCGUCGGUGAACGGCGACUCGUCAGGAGGGGCUUCACCAAGCGCUCCGGCCUGGAUGUUAGUGCUGAGUGUUGCCUCCCAGAUAGUGAAGUCGGUUAGUCUGAAUUGGUCUUAGAAAUCACUACGUUUACCUCAGUUUACUAAGGAGGAAAUUACACUGAAAUCUAGGCGUCCGGAUUCUGAUGUGCAGGGAUUUGUAAGGGAUGUGAGUGCCUGAGUGUUGCUGUUGGUGUCGUGGAAGUCCAGGAGUCUGAAUUGGUCUGAAAAAUCCCAGUAAAAUUUAUUUU